GCGAGUAGCCAUCGUCCCGUUACCCUGCUCCCCAUGGAGGCCAAGAGCAGUGGCCAGCGGUCGGAUGGAGUUAAGCGCAUGAACGGCAGCCAACGAGCAGACAACAGCCAACGAACGAGCAUUGGUCAGCGAAUGAACAGCGGUCAACAAAUAGAGAAGAGCAGUUACAUGCAGAUUGACAGCCUUUCGUCUGCCUCUGGCAGCAGUGGUUACUCGUCUGAGCAGGGACGCAGUACAAAGCUUAAAAGUACAAAUUUGGCAGACCCAGAAAAGGUGGACUUGUGCAAAUUGUUCACGCCCUCGCAGGUCAACGGUAGAGAACUGAAGACGCUGACUUACACCAAGGAGGGACCGCUGGGUGUCGCGUUGGAAGGCGGGACGGACUCGAAAAAGCACAACGGCAGAGUCGUGGUCGCUGAGAUCUUCCCGACUGGGAGCAUUUACAAAUACGGUGGUCUGGAAAAGGGCAGCCAGCUGAUGAUGGUGAACGGGCGAUCUCUGCUAGGCAUCACACUCACGCAAGCACAGGAGGUGCUAAAGGAGGUCAUCCUGGGGCCUGGCGACUCCCUCACCCUCGUAGUCGCCACGCAGAAGAAAGACGAUGACACAACCUACCUGUAAAGAGCCCAGGCAGCAGAAGCCAGAAAGUCACAUCAGUGGCUUUACCAGGCAACACGGUAGUUCAUGGAGCAAGAACCUCAACAGUCAACAUGAAGUCUCAAUGAAUAGCAUCUCGUAGCUACCAUCCAUUACCAGGGCUGUAAUAAUUCAACUGUUUUCAUCUGAGUUUGUUAUGACCAAACCAUAUUCAUUUGUCAGCGUCACAGUUCUAUGCGAUGGUAUGCACGCAGCAUAGAUACAUCAAUUUGCUGCUAGAGGGAUCAAUGAAAUCGCGUGCAGCUGAUAGCACAGGCAUCGCAUCAGUAUCAUUAACGGCAGACGAUAUAUGUUUUCAUCGUUAAUAGCCUUUGUAAUAAUGCGAGGCUAUGUCAACAACAGUAAGGCAUAGCCUACUGCUGUGUCGAUCACGUCAGCAGUCAUUCUGUCACUGCUAAUGCAGGCGCUUAUUUUUAACAGAGUUACAUUAAGCACACGUAGCUCGUUUGAAAUACGAUAUAUUUUUGUUUCUAGUUGUAUAUACGCGUAAAAUGGUAAAUAUAGAACUUGUUGGUCGCUCAGUACGUGCGCGAAUGUGUCCUCAAUAUAAUAUAUACGCGCUCAAGUAGAAGUUUCUACCCUCCACUAUAGCCAGUGUAUAUGAUUCCAUUCUGAUUCCCAUGCCGAACAUUCCUGUCACUAGUUUUCUCUGCGUAAGCACUUACACUGGCUCUAAAGUUAGACCCCCUGUGAAGUUAUAAAUAAAGUUAAUAUACGAUAUUAAUGAGUGUUUACUAGAGACGUGACGUAUCGCCAAUAGGUUGUACUGAAUAAGUACGUUAUAGGUUCGUUACAUCGAUUCAUUACUGGUGUCCAUGCUCAGUAAAUUCCAAAUAGGCCCCGAAUGCCAAGUGAUUCUAAGUAAUACUCAGUAGUUUUCUGAUAUGUAUUACGCCUCGGCGGUAGGAAUCCAAUUUCUCUUUCAAUAUUGAGCAAAUCUUGCCACUAUAAUUAGCUCACAUUUCUGCUGACAGUUUGACGUCUUCAUACACUUUUGCUCUAACGUAAAGUUACAAUCGGCUGUAUACAGAAUUCCAAACUAAUUAUAAUCCAUAACUUACUUGUCAGUUAUAGAUUAAAAGAUGUUAACGUUCAAUAUAGUCAUGAACGCAUAGUAAUUUAUAUUAUUUUUGUAGCACGUAUUUGUAUUGUAUACAAUAUUAUCAUGCAUUUCUUUCUGUAGUUUAAACAAAGUGUAUAUGAAACGAAUGUAUGAACACUUGGCUGUCGAUUCUACAAUACCAAGCAUAAGCAUGGAAAUGGCUUUUUCAUCAUUGCUUAGAAAGUAUAAUGUAAGUGUAAUAAAGUAUAGACAUUGCAUGAAAAAA